AUGGGUCGUCCACGAAGUAGUCUUAGCGCUGUGGCGCUGUCCGCGGCCACGGGUAUGACAGUGGCUGCUGUAUCGAUGAUGGUGUACGUUCGCUUCCAGCAUCCACAAGAGUUUGCAGAUGCCAGUAUUCGCACGACGCAUCCAGAGCUAUCGGACGAUUUCAACCGCAAGUGGGGACUCUUUGGCACGGGUAUCAUCGACUCGAUGCCGCAGAGCUUUAAGAAUAUGUUUGACGCGCCCACAAUGGCUGAGCGUUACGAGCAACAUAAGAAGAAUCGUGAGCAGCAGAUCCGCCAGACGCUUGAAGAUUUGCGUCCCAAGGGGAAGUAA